AGUGUCGUAGCUUCAUUGAUCUGGCUCCGGCUUCAGAGAGAGGAGUCCUGUGGCUGUCGGUGGUAUCAGAGGUACUAUACAUCAUGCUGUUGGUGGUUGGGUUCAGUCUCAUGUGUCUGGAGCUGUUUCAUUCCAGCAACGUCAUCGACGGACUUAAACUCAACGCCUUCGCUGCUGUUUUCACCGUGCUCUCAGGUCUGCUAGGCAUGGUGGCCCAUAUGAUGUACACCCAGGUUUUCCAGAUCACAGUUAGUCUGGGUCCUGAAGACUGGAGACCCCACUCCUGGGACUAUGGAUGGUCCUUCUGCCUGGCAUGGGGCUCCUUCACCUGCUGCAUGGCAGCUUCCGUCACCACCCUCAACUCCUACACCAAGACGGUCAUCGAGCUCCGGCACAAGCGCAAACUGUUUGAGCAGGGUCUCAGGGAGGAGCAGAACUACCUCGACCAGGAGGCCUUCCAUUACUUCAGGGACCGCUCCCUCCAGUCCAUAUCCAGCUCCAUGGAGGUCUACCCUGGGCACGGUGGAGGAAGGCUGCCUGGGGGGCCUGGAGGCCUGGCGGGGUCCGGGCUGGUUGGAGUACCAGGGAGAGAGAAGAUGAGGGGGUCCUCAGGUUCCAUCGACCUGGGAGAGAACUCUGAGUCCCUGGGGGAGGAACAGUGCUGAGAGAGAGAGAGGGGGGGUCCUCAGGUUCCAUCGACCUGGGAGAGAACUCUGAGUCCCUGGGGGAGGAACAGUG